UAGGUUAUCAUUUCCUCAUUUUUAAGCCUUUGUCUUUCAAGGGGACCACAAUCUUUUGCGAUCUCCUGAUUGUGAAGAUUGUGAAGGAAGUCUCUGCCCCCACUCCAGUGGACCUUGGAUGAGAUCUUGCUCUAGAAGGAAUCAUGAACCUCUGGCUUUGGUCACUUUACUUCCUGCCACUAUCUGGGGCUCUGAGGAUCCUCCCAGAAGUACAGCUGGAUGGAGAGCUGGGUGGAUCCGUUAUCAUCGAGUGUCCGCUUUCUGAUGUGCACAUGAGGAUGUAUCUGUGCCGGGAGAUGGCUACAUCUGGAAUAUGUGCUACUGUGGUGUCCAACAGCUUUGUCAAGGACGAAUACAGGAAUCGUGUCUCUCUGAAGCCAUGCUCAGACAAGAAUCUGUUCCUAGUAGAGAUAACAGAGCUGACUGAAAGUGAUAGUGGAGUCUAUGCCUGUGGGUUGGGCAAAUUCACAGACCGGGGCAAGACCCAGAAAGUCACCCUGAAUGUACACAAUGAAUAUGAGCCAUUCUGGGAAGAGGAGCCGAUACCUGAGCCUCCAAAAUUGUUUCACAAAUUUCUGCACCUGCAGGUGCCCACCUGGUUCCAGACGGUUGCACAAACCAAUUCUGAAAUCAUAUCCAAAGUUACUACGCCAACUCAAAAGAUUGAGGGUCUUACGGUUCACCAUUCUGCCCCCACCACUCCAGUAACCCAUCAUCCUCAAGUUUCCACAGCAUCUUCGGUAGCAGCUGUCAAGCCCCCAACCCUUCUGCCAUCCACCACGGCCUCAAAGACCUCAGCACAGGAAGGGAUGCUCAGGCCCCAGGGGGCCAGCUACAACCACCAAACCAGGCUGCACAGAGAGAGAGCAUUCAACCAUGGCUCACAGUCAGAGAGGCCAGACCAAGGAUUUCAUAUCUUGAUACCGACCACACUGGGCCUUUUUCUGUUGGCCCUUCUGGGGCUGGUGGCAAAAAGAGCCAUUCAAAGGAGGAAAGCCAGCUCCAGGCGGGUCCGCCGACUGGCGGUGAGGAUGAGUAACCUGGAGGCCUCCCACCAGCCCCAAUCACAGCGACCCCGCGCGUCGCACCGACCGCGCUCCCAGAGCAAUGUCUACAGCGCCUGUCCCCGGCGCGCUCGGAUGCCGGACCCCACGGGGCAGAGGGCGGCUUCUCUUCCGGAUCCCCCAGCAGCGGCGCGCCCCGCCCCGCAGCAGAUAUCUGAAUCCCCCUGGUUCCAUGACCAAUAUUUGAAGACUAGCUGUGAAUAUGUGACCUUGUGCCACCAGCCUGCUGCCAAGAUGGAGGACACUGAUUCAAAUGAUUACAUCAAUAUUCCCAGCCUGACUCACCUUCCCAGCUGUCCCCGGGGGCCCAGACCUUGGUGUCAAUGAGUCUUAUCUAUCUGCUGAUUUCUAAUAUCACCUCCAGGGGAAGUGAGCCUUCAUCACUUCCCAUCCCCAAGUCAACUCUUAGCUGUCUCUCUGUGCCCUGACUCUCCCUCCAGCUUAUCUUGUGGCUCCAGACAUGCAGAUCACUUGUCUGGGUGCCACUGACUUCCUUUCUGUGCCAUUGAACAGGCUGUGGAAUUUGCAGGGUGUUUCAUCAGUGUCUUUGGUCACUGGGUGGUUGCUGUCCUGGCUCUAGUGUGCCUGGUGUCAGGCUGGAGCGUAGGAAUGGCUGCCACUUCAGAAGCUUUGGUCUCAAACAAACAGAAGGCCUUUGGGCUGCAUCAUGAGGUUAUCCCUUGGCCCCAGGAGCUAGGAAGGGAUUUGAAAAUACCCCUGGGAAUGUCUUUGCCCUGAUCCAAAAGGUGGAGCUUGCCAGUGAGCUCUACUUAUCUUGAGCCCUGUGGUAAGGAUGAUUUAUUUUUAUGCAAUGAUGUCUUCUAAAAUUUCAGAAUCCAGCUUGUUAAUGAUAUAUAUGUACAUAUCUAUCUAUCUAUCUAUAUGCAUAAAUCCUCUUUAUGUCUCCCUCAUGUGCUACAGACAAGUAUUCUGACCCAGCAUCUCCCUCUUUUAGAAAUAGUCUUUAUCUCCUUAUCCUUCUCCCAUAUCCUAGCACAGAUAUUUGCAUAUGUGUUAACUUUGUUCUGUUUUAGCCAUUCCAAACCAUUACAACUCUCCGAUUUUAGAAAUGCAUCUCAUCUCUUUGCCAAUUCCAGACAAUACAUAGCAAGGUAUGGAAGGAAAGCAGUGUGGGGUUCCUCUAGGCUUUCCAAUAGCAUUUCUGUCAUGGAAGAAGAGCCAUCCUGCCUUCUACAUGUACUCCUUCUCUGAGGUUUUGGAGCAAUGUCAUAGUUGGACAUUAUCUUUGGAUUGAUGUCAACUAAAAGUCAGCCAGCGCUUGAGACUAGAGAGUGCCUAUUCUUGCCAUUAGGAUGAAGGCCUUUUCAGAUACACAGUCCACUUUCCUCUACUUUUGUCUAGAAAUAGAAAGGAAAGGCUGCCAAGCCUGAAUUGAAUUGCCUUUUAUUAGGAAGGAAUGUCAUCACAGAUUGACAUCACAGGUACACUGUGACAGGAAUGUCAUCACAGGUACACUGUCACCAUCACGAGUGUCAGCUUGAGAGUGAUGCCCUUUCAAAUAGCAGAUAGAGGAAGAAUGACUAGGAUAAGGAAAGUAGGGCACCCAAGGAGAAGGGGUAGGAAUGGGGUCAGAGUGCAGGCAAGAAAUGAAAUGUUAGUGAGAAUGCUUUGUGUUGGCACUUUAAUCGACCUGUUAUCUUUUAUCAUUUGCUUUCCAAACUGAUGUCCCUUGUCCCACCCCAAUGCUUUGCCCUUGCGUGAGAUUUCCAUGCAAACCUCAAUUUCGUAUCCCAGCAUCCACCAUUGUUCUUCAACAAUUCAACAGCAGGCAAAGUGCUGGCGAGUGGCUCAAUCAGUAAGAGUGCCUGCCUAGCAAGCAUAAGACCCUGAGCUCAAACACCAGUACCUCCAUAAAAAAAAUUCACCCAAAGGUAGACAAAAAACCACUUUAUUAAAUAUUUACUGAGCACCCAUCCACUGUUCCACACUGUUGCAGGGACCAUGGGAGGUUACAAAAACAAAACAAAACAAGAAAGCACGGGCACUACACUCUGCUGCCUUCAAGAAU